AUGGCCGCAGCAGCCGUCCAGAGCGCGCCCAUCAUCAACGCCGGCCAGCCCCGGGUUGACAUCCAGCAGCGGCCGGAGGAAGAACCCCGCGUGCCCAAGCACGACGUCACCGCGACCCUCAACUUCUACCUGCCCAACGCCGACGGCUCCCCCCCGCCGCCCGCCUACGUCGGCGCGCCCGAGUCCUACCGCCAGACGCCCGACCCCCACCCGGUCCUCAUCCGGGACAUUGCCGGCUCCGAGGACCAGUACAGCCUCGACGUGCAGGGCUUCGAGGUGCGCCGGCGGCCCGCCACCGAGCGCGACUUUGUCGACGACGCGCAGAUCAAGGCCAGCUACUACCCCGAGACGGAGCAGCUGCUCAAGGAUGUAACCGGUGCCGACCGCGUCUUCAUCUUUGACCACACCAUCCGGCGCGUCCCCGCCGGCACCCCCCUGGACGCCGUCUCCCGCCCGCCCGUGCAGCAAGUCCACGUCGACCAGACCUACUCCGCCGCCCUGUCCCGCGUCACCCACCACUUCCCCGAGGCCGCCGAGGCCGCCGCGCUUCUCCGCGGCCGCGUGCAAAUCAUCAACGUGUGGCGGCCCAUCCGCACCGUCCGGCGAGACCCGCUCGCCGUCGCGGACGCGCGCUCCGUGCCGGAGGCGGACCUGGUCUCGCGGGCGCUCAUCUACCCGAACCGCGAGGGCGCCACGUUUAGCGUGCGCCGGAGCGAGGGGCAGAGAUGGUACUACAGGUCCGGGUUGGGGCCCGGGGAGGCGCUGCUGAUCAAGUGCUUUGAUAGCAAGGAGGAUGGGAGGGCGCGGAGGGCGCCGCACACGGCGUUUGUGGACCCGGAGGCGCCGGAGGAUGCGCCGACGAGGGAGAGCAUAGAGGUUCGCGCCCUGGUGUUUCACACGACGGACAGGGAUUGA